AUGCCAUGCUUGUGGAGCCUGUGCUUGAGAAGCAGCAUAUCCUCUGAAUUGGUGGCGUUGUUUUGGAUCACAGCGAUCAUCUUACAGUCCUGGAACAUGGUCUGCAAUUCCUUCUUCAAGAGCAACACCAGGCCACUUUCCUGUGAAUAAAGCAGGAUUCAUAAGUUAGCCCACAUCUCGAUAGCUGGCCAGCUCACAUCACUACUAUUCCUAACCGUGUGUGUUUGUGUGGUUCUGAAAAGACAGCUCCAGUAUGCACAUGAAAAUAAAUAAAUAAAUAAAUAGGUCAUUUAGCAGACGCUCUUAUCCAGAGCGACUUACAGGAGCAAUUAGGGUUAAGUGACAGGAGCAAUUAGGGUUACGUGCCUUGCUCAAGGGCAUAUCGGCAGAUUUGUCACCUAGUCGGCUCGGGGAAUAGAACCAGCGACCUUUCGGUUACUGGCACAACGCUCUUAACCACUAAGCUACCUGCCGCUCCACAAGCAACCCGUCAAUGAACAUUGACGGGUUGCUUGUGCUUGUUUUUGAGUUAUAAACACAUGCACUGGACUUCACUGACCUCCUGAACUGGUUUGACUCGGGGGGUUAGAGCGCCAGGGGGAGCUGCAGGUUUGGGUGGAAUGUAUUCAGUGACAGCCAUCAGCUUCUGUUUGAGGAUAUGCAUGGGCUUCCUGUGACGUGUGACUGCCUUAGAGCCAUGCCGGACACUCUGCGUCAAGGGCAGCCAUCCUGUAGACACACGUUACAUUAACAAUGGGUUUAUAAAGAAGGAUUAUUCCAAACUAAUAGGAUGUUAAACAGACUGAAAUGAAGAUAUUUUUCUAUGCAGGCAAUAAAACCUGAUAACUGCAUUGCAUGGAAUAAAAGUGUUAACUUGUGUGUGCAUGUGCAUACAUACCAAUACUACAGUAUAAUGUGUAAGUGACUCAAUACAACCCGUCUUUUACAACCCAUCUUUCUGUCAAUGUGACUGUAUCUUUGCACAAUGACGGUCUUAGCUCAGAUUUGACAUCAAAGAAAGGAUGCAUUGCAGUAGGGCUAUUCAACUGAUUUGCAUUUCUAGUGUACAGAUCAUUUUGCACAUCAAGCUUUCCGUAAUAACCUUCCACCCAAAAGCAAAAGCAUGAAGUUUCAAGAUUUGAGUCCAGGUGUAUUUUGAAUGGCUGUUGUUGUUGCAAUGUUCUGCUUGCUACAAUGUAGCAUGCAAUUUCUAGCCAUGUAGUUUCUACAACGUAACUAGCUUGUUUUAAUGUAGCAAUGUACUACUUUCUACAAUGUAGCUAACUAAUGAAGCCUAGCGCGCUAUGAAGUGACUGAGUUUGCCUCAUUUUAGUCAUAUUCGAAGUUAGCUGUACACUGUGUGCUCCAACAACAUGACUUGACAUGUAGUUAUAUUGAUAAAGUGUUUAUAAAAACGAGAUACGUUACCCUGUUUUGAUAAAAGCCUGCCACACAAGGUCGCCGCCAUCUUUGUCAGGAAGCAUUGGAAUGGGGGGCGUGCACAUCGGCGUUCAUCAUACGUCAGACACCGAUUACAGUUCCCGCGAUCAAAACAACUGGGAACUCGGAAAAAUAUACGAGGUCGGAGCUCUUUAAAGAGGCCUGGGGUUGCAUGACCGUUCAAGUCGAUUUUUCCCAGUUGGAGGUCGUUUUAUUCCAAGUUCCCAGUUGUUUUGAACGCACUUAAGUCAGAGAUUUCCGAGUUCCCAGUUGUUUUGAACGCGGCAAGUAGUGUCAGUAGUUUGGCACUUUCAAUGCCGCGUUCAAAACAACUGAAAGAACCACAAGACAACAACGAACUCGUAAAAUCAUGACGUCGGUGAUCUUCAUUUCGGAAAGUCGGCCUCUAGACAGAUGCCCGAGUUACAGAUUUUUUCCAAUUCGGAGCUCGUUUUUUCUCGAGUUCCCAGUUGUCAUGAACGGACUGAUGUCGGAGCUUUCCGAGUUCCCAGUUGCUUUGAACGAGGCAGUUGUUUAAAUCAUCGAAGUCAUCUUACAUUUUGCACUAAAAUGAACAUGUAUGCCUUUGAAGUCGUAAUUUUACUCUGUGAAAUUAUGGAUAAAUGCGACGACAGUGUAAAAUAUUCAGAUUGAUUUUGAUUUGUAUUUAUCGAUGAAGUUACAAAACUCAACCAGAGAGAAAGAGUCGAAGCAACAGGGUUUACUCCGCCCAAAAUCUGUCCACGAAAAUAAGACCACGAAGUGAGGAAUUUUUUGUAUGGAGGUCAAUGAGCGUGUCGAAUUUGGUCAACAAAAUAUUGAAUUGCUAAAUAGAGCUUAUUUGAUCGAAUAAACGUUUCGUAAUGGCUAUGUUGUUACGAAUGCACUGGUAUAAGUGGACGCACGUGGCAUUUCGUCAACUUUGAAAAAACUACUUUAUAUCGAGUUGUGCCUGAGGUGCAUUCAGUUCGCUUGAAUGUUUGCUACAUUGCGGAACGGUUUGUAGUUAGCAACACAUUUCUCCAAAACGUUUUUGAACAGACUGAGGUACGUUUGCUCCAUAGAGACAUAUACUGUGCCAUUAUAGCAUCUGUGACAGCUUGGGCAGUGCCAUUGUGCUACAACCCAUAGGAAUCCCCAGUUGACUACUUUAAAAGGGUGGACGUAUGGUGGAAGCCUUCAAUGGCGCUUGCUAAAACGGCCUUUUGGCCACUAGAGGCCUCUGUCAUUCUCUAUGGUUUGCUCCUGUUUGGUCGGUGUGGCUUGACGCAAUGAGUGACGUUUUUAAAGGGAAGUGGCCAUGCUGACAGCGUUCUCCAACCAACAACCCAACCCCAAUUUCAACUGGACGUUUAGUACAGCACCAUUUAAAAAAAAAAAAAUCAUUUAGCAGACGCUCUUAUCCAGAGCGACUUACAGUUUAGUGAGUGUAUACAUUAUUUGUUAUUUUAUUUUUCUUACAUUGAAUAAUAUCAGUGAAAUAGGAAAACACUUUCAUCCCCAGGCCUCUUUGAUAGCUUGCCGUCGAGCCUUAUUUUCUCAGUCCUUUUGCACGAAAACUACCAGUGAUUCUACAGCCAUGGAUCUCAGUGGCAUGCGAAAAAAAUACAAAGGAGACGAAGAGGUGAGAAUAGACAAGUUUGAUUGCUUACCUCCUUGUUAUGACACAACCUCACCUUUCUAAUUUGGGUGAAUGACUAUAAAGAUAUCAAUGGCAGGUGCAGCUACUUACAUAUUACAGAGGCACAACAAUGCCUAGCCAGUUUGCUCGCAUUGUUUCAAUUGUGUAUUAAUUACCACUGUUUUGGAGUGGAAAUUACGUUGAUGACCCCAACAUUUUCAUUGCAUCAAGUAUGAUAUGUCAAUUCUAUGUUCUUUAGUCAUAUGUCAAAUCUGCUCACAAAGCUGACUUUGCUUACGUGCAGCGUCUUGUGAUGUAAUGAAGUCCUCUGUAGCUCAAUUGGUAGAGCAUGGCGCUUGUAACGCCAGAGUAGUGGGUUCGAUCCCCAGGACCACCCAUACAUAAAAAUGUAUGCGCACAUGACUGUAAGUCGCUUUGGAUAAAAGCGUCUGCUAAAUGGCAUAUUAAUGAAGGGGCUUCUCUCCUCCAACAGCUCCUCCCUCCACUGGCAAAGGGAGCACAAGGGCCCCUAUUAUAUAUCAGGGGCCCAAUCAGGCGGUUGUAACAUUACAGAACGUGUUGUAAAACAGAUAGUGUAGUCCCGCCCACCCGACUAGAAUCACUACUCUCAGCAGGUCUGACCUAGAGUAUGUGGACAACUACAAAUACCUAGGUGUCUGGUUAGACUGUAAACUCUCCUUCCAGACUCACAUUAAGCAUCUCCAAUCAAAAGUUAGAUCUAGAAUUGGCUUCCUAUUUCGCAACAAAGCCUCCUUCACUCAUGCUGCCAAACAUGCCCUCGUAAAACUGACUAUCCUACCGAUCCUUGACUUCGGUGAUGUCAUUUACAAAAUAGCCUCCAACACUCUACUCAGCAAAUUGGAUGUAGUCUAUCACAGUGCCAUCCGUUUUGUCACCAAAGCCCCGUAUACUACCCACCAUUGUGACCUGUACGCUCUUGUUGGCUGGCCCUCACUACAUAUUCGUCGCCAAACCCACUGGCUCCAGGUCAUCUAUAAAUCACUGCUAGGCAAAUCCCCAUCUUACCUUAGCUCACUGGUCACCAUAGCAACACUCACCCGUAGUCUGAAAUCCAGCAGGUAUAUCUCACUGGUCAUCCCCAAUGCCAACACCUCCUUUGGCCGCCAUUCCUUCCAGUUCUCUGCUGCCAAUGACUGGAACGAACUGCAAAAAUCUCUGAAGCGGGAGACUCUUAUCUCCCUCACUAACUUUAAGCGUUAGUUGUCAGAGCAGCUUACCGAUCACUGCACCUGUACACAGCCAUUCUGAAAUUAGCCCACCCAACUACCUCAUCCCCAUAUUGUUAUUUAUUUUGCUAAUUUGCACCCCAGUAUCUCUAUUUGCACAUCAUCUUUUGCACAUCUAUCAUUCCAGUGUUAAUACGAAAUUGUAAUUAUUUUGCACUAUGGCCUAUUUAUUGCCUUACCUCCGUAACUUACUACAUUCGCACACACUGUAUAUAUAUUUUCUGUUUGUAUUUUUGACUUUAUGUUUUGUUUACCCCAUAUGUAACUCUGUGUUGUUGUUUUUAUCGCACUGCUUUGCUUUAUCUUGGCCAGGUCGCAGUUGUAAAUGAGAACUUGUUCUCAACUGGCUUAACUGGUUAAAUAAAGGUGAAAUAAAAAAAUGUAGAAUAGAGAAUUGUGUCACCUAUAGUCAUAACAUAUUUAUAAUCUGCAACGUUCUGAAGUUUCACCUCACUGCGUAGCCUACACCCCAGUAAUUGGAGUGAUCAGAACUUAAUUGAAGAUGUCAUAAUAAACAUGAUACAAAAUUGAUUUCCCUAAAUGCUUAUGACUUCAAUGUAAUGUGCAUUUUGAUGUAAAAGUCUCAUUAUGUAAACUUGUUUUAGUGCUUUGAAGAGAAUCAGCUUGUUUCUCUGGACCCCAUCAAGCAGUUUGGAGAUUGGUUUGAUCAAGCCACAAAGUGUCCUGAAAUUGGAGAGCCCAAUGCAAUGUGCAUUGCCACAUCUACCAAGUGAGUACCCCCAUAAGUAGUCCCUAAAACACAAUGCUUGCUUCUUAAGCUAAAUUGUAACACAUUUUCUAUAAAUUUGUCUGUUUUUCCAUAAAGAGAUGGACGUCCAUCUGCUCGUAUGGUCUUGUUAAAAGGCUACAGUAAUGAAGGCUUCCGUUUCUUUACCAACUACGAGAGCCGGAAAGGUGGAGAGUUGGUUAGUAUCUGCUACUGUCACUAGGCAGGCAUCUUCCUCCCUUUCCUCUCAAGUGCAUGUGUAGCAGGUGGGGAUGUGUGAAACUUACUCCUCAGCCUGAAGUGUCGCCACUUGCGCCAGUGAAUAGCUAGCUUUUCACGUGGCGCCGACUGGUAAGACGCUUCAGGAGGUCAUGUACAGUGCCUUCGGAAAGUAUUUAGACCCCUUGACUUUUUCCACAUUUUGUUACGAGACAGCCUUAUUCUAAAAUUGAUUAAAUAAAAAAAGGUUCUCAAUCUACACACAAUACCCCAUAAUGACAAAGCGAAAACAGGUUUUUAGAAUUUUUUGCAAAUGUAUUAAAGAUUAAAAACAGAUACAUUAUUUACAUAAGUAUUCAGAUCCUUUUGUUAUGAGACUCGAAAUUGAGCUCAGGUGCAUCCUGUUUCCAUUGAUCGUCCUUGAGAUGUUUCUAAAACUUGAUUGGAGUCCACCUGUGGUAAAUUCAAUUGAUUGGACAUGAUUUGGAAAGGCACACACCUGUCUAUAUAAGGUCCCACAGUUGACAGUGCAUGUCAGAGCAAAAACCAAACCAUUAGGUUGAAGGAAUUGUCCGUAGAGCUCCGAGACAGGAUUGUGUCGAGGCACAGAUCUGGGGAAGGGUACCAAAACAUUUCUGCAGCAUUGAAGGUCCCCAAGAACACAGUUGCCUCCAUCAUUCUUAAAUGGAAAAAGUUUGGAACCACCAAGACUCUUCCUAGAGCUGGCCAAACUGAGCAAUCUGGGGAGAAGGGCCUUGGUCAGGGAGGUGACAAAGAACCUGAUUGUCACUCUGACAGAGCUCUAGAGUUCCUCUGUGGAGAUGGGAGAACCUUCCAGAAGGACAACCAUCUCUGCAGCACUCCACCAAUCAGGCCUUUACUCCUCAGUAAAAGGCACAUGACGGCCCGCUUGGAGUUUGCCAAAAGGCACCUAAAGACUCUCAGACCAUGAGAAACAAGAUUCUCUGGUCUGAUGAAACCAAGAUUGAACUCUUUGGCCUGAAUGCCAAACGUCACAUCUGGAGGAAACCUGGAACCAUCCCUAUGGUGAAGCAUGGUGGUGGCAGAAUCAUGCUGUGGGGAUGUUUUUAAGCGGCAGGGACUGGGAGACUAGUCAGGAUCGAGGUAAAGAUGAACGGAGCAAAGUGCAGAGAGAUCCUUGAUGAAAACCUGCUCCAGAGCUCUCAGGACCUCAGACUGGGGCGAAGGUUCACCUUCCAACAGGACAACGACCCUAAGUACACAGCCAAGACAACGAGGGAGUGGCUUCGGGACAAGUCUCUGAAUGUCUUUGAGUGGCCCAGCCAGAGCCCAGGCUUAAACCUGAUCGAACAUCUCUGGAGAGACCUGAAAAUAGCUGUGCAGCAACACACCCCAUCCAACCUGACAGAGUUUGAGAGGAUCUGCAGAGAAGAAUGGGAGAAACUCCCCAAAUACAGGUGUGCCAAGUUUGUAGCAUCAUAACCAAGAAGACUCGACGCUGUAAUCGCUGCCAAAGGUGCUUCAACAAAGUACUGAAUAAAGGGUCUGAAUACUUAUGUACAUUUAAUUUGUCCUUUUAUUUUUAAUAAAUUAGCAAAAACUUUGAAAAACCUGUUUUUGUUUGUCAUUAUGGGGUAUUGUGUGUAGGUUGAUGAGGGGGGGGGGGAACAAUUUAAUCAAUUUUUGAAUAAGGCUGUAACCUAACAAAAUGUGGAAAAAGUCAAGGGAUCUGAAUAAUAGUUGAAAAAUAUAUGGCAAAUAGAAAUCCAAUAUGGAUGGUGUUAAGAGAUACAGUUGAAGUCGGAAGUUUACAUACACUUAGGUUGGAGUCAUUAAAACUCGUUUUUCAACCACUCCACAAAUUUCUUGUUAAAAAACUAUACUUUUGGCAAGUCAGUUAGGACAUCUACUUUGUGCAUGACACAAGUAAUUUUUCCAACAAUUGUUUACAGACAGAUUAUUUCACUUAUAAUUCACUGUAUCACAAUUCCGGUGGGUCAGAAGUUUACAUACACUAAGUUGACUGUGCCUUUAAACAGCUUGGAAAAUUCCAGAAAAUGAUGUCAUGGAUUUAGAAGCUUCUGAUAGGCUAAUUGACAUCAUAUGAGUCAAUUGGAGGUGUACCUGUGGAUGUAUUUCAAGGCCUACCUUCAAACGCCGUGCCUCUUUGCUUGACAUCAUGGGAAAAUCUAAAGAAAUCAGCCAAGACCUGAGGGAAAAAAAUGGUAGACCUCCACAAGUCUGGUUCAUCCUUGGGAGCAAUUUCCAAAUGCCUGAAGGUACCACGUUCAUCUGUACAAACAACAGUACGCAAGUAUAAACACCAUGGGACCACGCAGCUGUCAUACCGCUCAGGAAGGAGACGCGUUCUGUCUCCUAGAGAUGAACGUACUUUGGUGCGAAAAGUGCAAAUCAAUCCCAGAAGAACAGCAAAGGACCUAGUGAAGAUGCUAGAGGAAACGGGUACAAAAGUAUCUAUAUCCACUGUAAAACGAGUCCUAUAUCGACAUAACCUGAAAGGCCGCUCAGCAAGGAAGAAGCCACUGCUCCAAAACCACCAUAAAAAAGCCAGACUACAGUUUGCAACUGCACAUGGGGACAAAGAUCGUACUUUUUGGAGAAAUGUCCUCUGGUCUGAUGAAACAAAAAUAGAACUGUUUGGCCAUAAUGACCAUCGUUAUGUUUGGAGGAAAAAGGGGAAGGCUUGCAAGCCGAAGAACACCAUCCCAACCGUGAAGCACUGGGGUGGCAGCAUCAUGCUCUGGGGGUGCUUUGCUGCAGGAGGGACUGGUGCACUUCACAAAAUAGAUGGCAUCAUCAGGAAGGAAAAUUGUGUGGAUAUAUUGAAGCAACAUCUCAGACAUCAGUCAGGAAGUUAAAGCUUGGGUCUUCCAAAUGGACAAUGACCCCAAGCAUACAUCCAAAGUUGUGGCAAAAUGGCUUAAGGACAACAAAGUCAAGGUAUUGGAGUGGCCAUCACAAAGCCCUGACCUCAAUCCUAUAGAAAAUGUUUGGGCAGAACUCAAAAAGCGUGUGCGAGCAAGGAGGCCUACAAACCUGACUCAGUUACACCAGCUCUGUCAGGAGGAAUGGGCCAAAAUUCACCCAGCUUAUUGUGGGAAGCUUGUGGAAGGCUACCUGAAACGUUUGACCCAAGUUAAACAAUUUAAAGGCAAUGCUACCAAAUACUAAUUGAGUGUAUGUAAGCUUCUGACCUACUGGGAAUGUGAUUUAAAUAAAUAAAAGCUGAAAUAAAUCAUUCUCUCUUUGAGAUUCUUAAAAUAAAGUGUUGAUCCUAUCUGACCUAAGACAGGGAAUUUUUACUAGGAUUAAAUGUCAGGAAUUGUGAAAAACUGAUUUUAAAUGUAUUUGGCUAAGGUGUAUGUAAACUUCUGACUUCAACUGUAGAUGGGUGGUGUUGAAUGGAGUUGAAGGAUGGGACUAAUAACAACUAAUAACAACACAAUAACUAAUAAUGUAAGCAUACUGUGUCCAUAAUAAGUAUAUAGGUUAUAGGUUGAGAGCUUUUAUGAAAGAGCACAGUUAGAAAGAUAUGGCAUAUAGAAGCAAACCGGAUGGACGUCAUGAAAAUGAUUAGAGAGGUUGAGGGUAGAGGAAGUUCAGGAGUAAAAACAAACAAAAUAGAAUUAUUGUAAAAUUGACUGUGUCCAUAAUAUGUAUAUAGUAUGUAUAAGCUGGAAGUAGAGGCCUAAGCAUUGUUGUUUACUCCAAUUAGGGAAGGGUUGGUGGGGUUGGAAAGUAACAAAGGGAAAUAUAUUUUUUUAAAGGAAAUGUAUGUGUACAGUCGUGGUUAAAAGUUUUGAGAAUGGCACAAAUAUUAAUUUUCACAAAGUCUGCUGCCUCAGUUUUGAUGAUGGUAAUUUGCAUAUACUCCAGAAUGUCAUGAAGAGUGAUCAGAUGAAUUGCAAUUAAUUGCAAAGUCCCUCUUUGCCAUGAAAAUGAACUUAAUCCCCCAAAAACAUUUCCACUGCAUUUCAGCCCUGCCACAAAAGGACCAGCUGCCAUCAUGUCAGUGAUUCUCUCGUUAACACAGGUGAGAGUUUUGACGAGGACAAGGCUGGAGAUCACUCUGUCAUGCUGAUUGAGUUAGAAUAACAGACUGGAAGCUUUAGAAGGAGGGUGGUGCUUGAAAUCAUUGUUCUUCCUCUGUUAACCAUGGUUACCUGCAAGGAAACACGUGCCGUCAUCAUUGCUUUGCACAAAAAGGGCUUCACAGGCAAGGAUAUUGCUGCUAGUAAGAUUGCACCUAAAUCAACCAUUUAUCGGAUCAUCAGGAACUUCAAGGAGAGAGGUUCAAUGUUGUGAAGAAGGCUUCAGGGCGCCCAAGAAAGUCCAGCAAGCGCCAGGACCGUCUCCUAAAGCUGAUUCAGCUGCGGGAUCGGGGCACCACCAGUGCAGAGCUUGCUCAGGAAUGGCAGCAGGCAGGUGUGAGUGCAUCUGCACGCACAGUGAGGCAAAUACUUUUGGAGGAUGGCCUGGUGUCAAGAAGGGCAGCAAAGAAGCCACUUCUCUCCAGGAAAAACAUCAGGGACAGAUUUAUAUUCUGCAAAAGGUACAGGGAUUGGACUGCUGAGGACUGGGGUAAAGUCAUUUUCUCUGAUGAAUCCCCUUUCCGAUUGUUUGGGGCAUCCGAAAAAUACCUUGUCCGGAGAAGACAAGGUGAGCGCUACCAUCAGUCCCGUGUCACCACCCUCUAACUUUAAGCAUCAGUUGUCAGAGCACCUUACCGAUCACUGCACCUGUACACAGCCCAUCUGAAAUUAGCCCACCCAACUACCUCAUCCCCAUAUUGUUAUUUAUUUUGCUCAUUUGCACCCCAGUAUCUCUAUUUGCACAUCAUCUCUUGAACAUCUAUCAUUCCAGUGUUAAUACUAAUUGUAAUUAUUUUGCACUAUGGCCUAUUUAUUGCCUUACCUCCAUAACUUGCUACAUUUGCACAUACUGUAUAUACAUUUUCUGUUGUAUUUUUGACUUUGUUUUGUUUUACCCCAUAUGUAACCCUGUUGUUUUUAUCGCACUGCUUUGCUUUAUCUUGGCCAGGUCGCAGUUGUAAAUGAGAACUUGUUCUCAACUGGCUUACCUGGUUAAAUAAAGGUGAAAUAAUUUUUUUUUUUUUAAAUGCCAACAGUAAAGCAUCUUGAGACCAUUCAUGUGUGUGGUUGCUUCUCAGCCAAGGGAGUGGGCUCACUCACAAUUUUGCCUAAGAACAGAGCCAUGAAUAAAGAAUGGUACCAACACAUCCUCCGAGAGCAACUUCUCCCAACCAUCCAAGAACAAUUUGCCUUUUCCAGCAUGAUGGAGCACCUUGCCAUAAGGCAAAAGUGAUAACUAAGUGGGUCGGGGAACAAAACAUCGACAUUUUGGGUCCAUGGCCAGGAAACUCCCCAGACCUUAAUCCCAUUGAGAACUUGGGGUCGAUCCUCAAGAGGCGGGUGGACAAACAAAACCCACAAAUUCUGACAAACUCCAAGCAUUGAUUAUGCAAGAAUGGUCUGCCAUCAGUCAGGAUGUGGCCCAAAAGUUAAUUGACAGCAUGCCAGGGCGGAUUGCAGAGGUCUUGAAAAAGAAGGGUCAACACUGCAAAUAUUGACUCUUUGCAUAAACUUAAUGGAAUUGUCAAUAAAAGCCUUUGACACUUAUGGAAUGCUUGUACUUAUAUUUCAGUAUACCAUAGUAACAUCUGACAAAAAUAUCUCAUAACACUGACGCAGCAAACUUUGUGAAGACCAAUACUUGUGUCAUUCUCAACUUUUGACCACGACUGUGUUUGUGUGUGUGUGUGUGUGUGUGUGUGUGUGUAUAUGUAUAUAUAUAUAUAUAUAUAUAUAUAUAUAUAUAUAUAUAUAUUAUUAAAGCUGAUUUCCCCCCUAAAUAAUUUUUUUAGGGGGGUCUGAAUACUUACCGAAGGCACUGUAUGCUAGCAAGGCAGAGGUCCUGGGUUCGGGCCUUAGUGUGAGCUGAUUCAGGAGGAAGUGGUACUUGCUAAGCAAGCAGCGUGACAUCCUUUGCACCUGCACUACUAGAUUAUUUAGUUUUCCAAUUUUACAUCCGAUAUUUUCAAAUCCCUUCCUGUAGGAGAGCAACCCUUACGCAUGUCUGUGCUUUUACUGGGAGCCCAUCAACCGGCAGGUAUGUGCUUCAUUUUACCUCUAAAAGUGUAGCGUACUUGUCAAGCCAUUGUUUCAAUAUCUUCAAGUAUCUUUGAUUUGGUAUGAUGAGUAUAUUGUGAUGUGGUUUUUGAACGAAUUAAAGGGCAAUUCCACCACUUUUCAACCUCAUUUCAUUAUCUCCAGCACAAUACCAGUGUCUACAUAUGUGAAGGGCACAUUUCUAUGGUUUGUAGAAAAAUAUAUAAAGUUAAAGAGUUCUACCCGAUGACAUCAUCAAAAGUAAAAAAAAAAAUUUUAAUGGUGAUUUUCAAACACUGAGAUUCGCAGUGAGCAUUUUUUAUUUUUUUACCUUUUCUUGUCUUUUUAACCACAGAUCAUAAACACGCCGUUUUCACAUGUACACACUCGGAUUGGGGCUGGAGAUAAGAAUAUUAGGUUGAAAAGUUUUGGAAUUUCCCUUUAACUAAUGGAGGAUGACACUGAAUUUGCUGUACAAUUAGUUGGCACCCACCUAAGAGUGUGUGUGUGUGCAGAUCCGUAUCGAGGGCAACGUGGAGAGAAUCCCCUUCCAGAGCUCCUGUGACUACUUCCACUCCCGGCCCAAGAGUAGCCAGAUCGGAGCCGUUGUGAGCAGGCAAAGCACUGCAGUCCCUGACAGAAAUGUGAGGACCACCCAUGCUACACCACUGUAUUAUAGAGAUCCACCAUUGGACUUAUUGCCAAAAUAGGGAAAUUAAUGAAAUAUGUUACAUCUGACGGUUUUAUAUCACUCUGCAGUACCUGAGACAGAAAAAUGCAGAGCUGGAAGAAAAGUACAAGGAUACAGAUGUCCCCAUGCCCGACUACUGGUUAGUAUGUUAAAUCACCAAGAAUUACUGUUUUAAUUGAACAAAAUGCUUCAUGACUUUGCCAAACCUGUGCAGUAAGUUGUCUAUCAUGUAAUCUCGGUUAACCCAGAACUAAAAUCCGAGAAAUUUGGUCAGAUGCUAUCCACGAGAGAUUAUCUACCAUGUAAACCUGUUCUUGUUUUUGCCCGUUGUCCCUCUAUCUUCCAACAGGGGAGGCUAUAUCGUCAAGCCUUACUUGAUAGAGUUCUGGCAGGGUCAGACCAACAGGCUACAUGACCGCAUCGUCUUCACACGGCCGAAAAAUGGAGAGAGUGUUCUAGAAGAGUAUGAACAUAAUGCUGAGGCGGGCUGGGUCUACCAGAGGCUAUCCCCUUGAGGUCAGUUACAUUAGGGGAAAUGGAGGCAAGGCUGGAGAUUGGGCCCACCGUACAACUCACUCAUGAUGUCAUCAUCAAUCAAAUGACCACCAUCAUCUCAAUGCAGUAGGAGCCUCUCAUGUUGAAUGGAAGACCUAUUGAUGUUGAAUAACUACGUGUUAUAGGAUGUGUCUUAACAAGCUAUAAUUUGCUGUUCUUUUCAGGUGUUCUUGUUUAAUACCAAAUCAAGGAGAACGUUUCUGGUUGGUUAGGAAGCCUGAUUGCCUGUUGUCUCCAGGGCAACAAUGGGAAAUUAUUAACGUGAAGCGACUAUACUGUCUAGCAACAGACCUGUGACGUAAGGUUUUCCAAAUCUCAAUAUGCUGUAUGACACACUUUACAUUCCCUGACGCUUGAAGUGCAAAGUCUGUCUAGUACAGUAGUCAAUGUUAUAUAAUGAUUGACAGUAAAUCGGUAAUCCAAUGAUCAUGCGUUUCCGCAGACCUCAACAACCUCUAGAAAAUCUGUACUUGUAAAAAGCACAAUCUCCAGUACUGUCUGUCUGUUAAUUAACAUUUGUACAUGAGUUCCACUGUAUUGGAGCAGGGUUACAUGUUCUGUCUAGCUGCUAAUAUGUCUUCUAAUGGCUCAAAUCCACAGCAGUUUCUCUGUCAUAAUGUAAUACUCAUUGCCUAUUAGGCGGAAGUCCCUGUGUUGAAUUUGUUAUGGAUUUAUUGUCAUGUCUGUGGCUCAAACUACCUUUUAAUAUAGUUCAAUUAAGAUUAGAAGAGUUUAUGCGAGUUCAUUUGUGCCAAGGUAAUGAUGUGUAUAAAGUCAGUCAUGUCUGAGAAUGAGCUUGGAUGUUAACUUGUUUUUCAUGGUGUGUGAAGACCUCUGCAUUCAUGGCACUUUUGAAUUGUGAUAAUCUAAAUGGAUCUGAAAAAUCAUGUUGAAUUUGUAACUGAAUACUCAGUGCUUUUUCUGGCCAAAAGAUGUCAGUGUUGUAUCAAAAAGCUACAUUUGACCUUCCUGUAAGUAUAUUGCCAUAUUUGAUAUGUUUUUCUAUCAACUUUAUUCUAUGCAGACCUUUUUAGCAUGUUAGAUGAAACAGAACUGUAUAUAAAUAAUCACGAUCACAUUAUACUCUAUGACUUGUUCUUAUGGAUAGACAUGCCCUUUUCUGUGAUCACUUCAGUACCAUCUAUCCCUCACAUCUCUUGUCUGACUCCAUUUACCCCAGCCUUGCCACCAACCGCAUUCAGAUGAAGUGACAAACUAGACGAUAAAUCCCUGAUUGAGGGCUCAGUUUACACAUUCUUACAUCACCACGUCUUAUGUCGUAACUAGACUUCUUCAAAUCAUUACAGGUCAUUAAAUAUGCAAAAUGUGUAUAUGUUUAACUAACAUUUAUAACAGACAAACCUUUGUAGCUAAACAUAUUUUUCAUAAUUUUCUUCUCAUAUACUACAGUGAAAUAUUCACUCCAGGUUACUGGUCAUGAGCCCUUGUUCAGACACAGUCAACAUAUUUGUUGCCAUAUUCUUGGAAAUCUUCAGCAUUGUCCAUUUUUCCAAAGUGCAGUGCGCUCAGGAAUGAACUGGUGAAGGUACUUAGCUAUCCACACAAAGAUACCACACAUUCUAAUAUGUUUGUGCAUCAAUGAACCUUGAACAGUGUUGUUUAUUUGGGUGUGUGCGAUAAUUCAGCUGGGUACAGUAUUAUCUGUGUACUUGGGUGUGGAGCCCACCUUGGGAGUGUAUAUAUGUUUUGUGCAAGUAAGAGUAUGGCUGCGUUGUUGUCGUGAAUGGUGUGGCUGUCUGUUGUGCAUGCCUAAAAAAAGAGCCUAAACAGCAGGUACUUGGUUUUCUGCUAUUUCUCUGCCCUGUGGUUCUCAUCACUGAUACUGUGUUCAGAGAACAGCAUAGGGUUCUCAGCCAGUGUGGCACGGAUCUUCUUCUUCUCCUUGAAGCGACCAGAGUGGGACACCUUAACAUGGCGCCCUUUAGUGGCCGACUUAUCCACGAUCUUCUCCAGUCUGGCACUGAACUGGUUAUCCAUUGGGUCUGUGAGGAGCUGAGGGCUGUUGCAAUGCUCCUUAUUCCCAGUGUUAUUGCCAUACUCUGGGGGGAUCUCGUACAGAACCUUGGCCUCAGACUUCUUACGUGAGAAGGUCAGCUUCCACCAGCUAGGGUCAGCCAUGGCACAGACAGAAACUGGAGGGGGGAUUGACCUAGGGAGGAAAGGGGCACCCGUUUAUGUCAAUCAGUACUGAUGGUCUUUGUGAGAGUUACACAGCAAGAGGUUUCAAGUUGGGGGAUUCUUGUGACAAUGCUGACAUGUUUUUUUGUAGUUGAUUGCCUGACUAAGCUGACUCUUUCCUUACAUUUCAGGGCAAAAAAGUGAAAAUCAUCCAGACCUUUAAUAUAAUAGCAUUCAUUAGCUGACGAUGAUCAACUUUUAUCUUGAGAGUUAAAGUCACACUCCAGCUAUUUGUGAACUUUUCCUGUUGAAAAACAUAAGUAUAAAUACCGUAAUGUACACAAAAUCACACACUUACCAGGAAGAAAAAUAGUUUUGAGCAAAAUAGUGUCUUUAAGACAACUGAAAACUUCAAGGAGUAGGCUAUUCAAAGAGUUGGUCUGAUGUGAUGUCAUCUGCCUCCCCCCUUGCAAUAGAGAACAAAAGAGGAAAGGCCCACCCCGCCACUUGUGCCUUGUCAUGACAUACCUGGAACACCUACUGAGAAGUUCCUUUUGUUAAGUAAAUCAGGUGAUAAAUGAGGUGAAAAGGAGCCUGGAGGAUGUCUUUAAGUGUGUCUUAGUAGACCUGCCAACCCCCCCCCCCCCCCCCUGUUAGAGGCUGCCAUCCAUGCUAAAUCAAUCUAUGAUGGGGUGAUACACAAAGUUAGGCCGGUUGCCAUGUUACAUUUUUAAAGGCCAUUUUAAAUAAAUAAUUAGUCAUUUAGCAGAUGCUCUUAUCCAGAGCGACUUACAGGAGCAAUUAGGGUUAAGUGCCUUGCUCAAGGGCACAUCGACAGAUUUUUCACCUAGUCGGCUCGGGGAUUAGAACCAGCGACCUUUCGGUUACUGGCACAACGCUCUUAACCAUUAAGCUACCUGCCGCCAUUUUCAAGGGGUCAAAGGUCAAAUGUGGUGAAAAUUGCCAUAAUGGAAAUUCUAAUAUAUUUAGGUCAAAUAUCCUAAAAAUCUCAACAAAACUGAGUGGAUUAUCUUAGCAUAUAAAUACAAAUGGACUAUGUAAUCAUACAUACUACUUAGACUAUGGAAUAAACAUAUUUCCAGUUACUUUUGGCAUAAUGAUUAUGCUUUAAGCCAUGCAUAUACGCAGAAAAAGCAAAUGUUCCAUAAUUUUGGUCAAACUUGGCCUUUUUCAGACAAAAAGAUACUUAGCACUUUACGUUAUGAGGAUCCGACAUUCUGGGGCAGAGACAUUGGAACUACAGGGUCAAGUGUAAAUGCAGUCAAAGUUGACAUUUUUGAGGUAAUGAUAGAUUUUGGCCAUAUUCACUGAAUAUAAAGAAAAAAAUUGCACUAUUGCCUGGGACAAGUGAACUGAGCAGUCGUGCUAGUUGAGCCUGCUCUGAGGUUUCCCCAUGGGGCAAAAAAAAAGAAGUGAAAACAACCAAGAAUUCCAUUAGCCUAAAACUUAUCUUAUUAUCUAAUUCCUCCCCAUUGUUUAAGUUGUUUACGAGAAAGACAAGAAAAUCUAUGGCAUUUAUGGCAGUCGGGCAAGUUGAGCCUGCUCUCAGAAUUGUUUUACCAAAAUACAAACAAUUCCAGUCCUGAUCUUUCUCAUUUCUCCCAUAUGUGAAGGCAAAUGCUUUCAAGCACGUUUUCCAGGUUGGCUGGUCUACUUUAUCUGUGUCUAAAGUCUGUGUACUUAUCUUAUGAGUGUGUAUUUGCCAGAGUAUUCAUGCUGUAAAUUGUUAACUCCCUUGUUAGCAGUCUCUAUCACAUCUCAGUGAUAAGAAAGGCUGAUCGAGGAGAUUACUCAUCUGACAUCUGAGACCUGCUCUCAGCUGAUAAAUUAACCAACACAUUGAGAGGAUCUCGUGUCUCUUCCCUGUGAUCUGAUAUGAACUCAGAAAAAAACGUUCAGAUGAUGAGAAAGCAACUUGUUUCCUGAAUCCACUCUAGAUACUAUGCAAGUGCAAAGGAUCAGCAGGACUGGACUAUUGUCAACACCACCACAAUACAAACUGCAACCUUUUACAUUUUCUAUUUGCGUGACACAAACCAAAUGCAAACCAAUGGACGCAUAAAUGCAAACAAGUAGCAAUUACAAGAGCACACAUAUUAAGCCCAGGUAUUGUGAUGCUUUGUUCUCCACUGUCAGUAUGAGGUGUGGCCCAGCUCAGUCACCUGGCAACCUUUUAGCCAACAUCCGUUCCAGUUGAAAUGCUAAUAGUAAUAGACUCACCCUUUUCGGAUGAUCAUUUUAGCAUGGUGUUGUAAGAAUACAGGCAUACCAGAGAUUUUUUUUUAUAAUGUGAGCUGUUUUGGGUAUACCACAGUGUGAUAAGUGAUGGGGUUAACAGAUGUAUCAUGUUGUCUAACAUUAAUAGCAUUGGAGUAGGUAAUAUUUAAGUUUCCUUGAGUUGUUUGGUGCAACAUACAAUGGAGAUGGCAAGAAUGAGACAAUGCCAUGUUGCCAGGCAACCAAGCAAGUGAAUGCCACAGAAACAUACUUGUUACAGUCUAUCAUAGUCAAAAAAAUAAAGCAACAUAUUUAUAAGUUGGGUUGGUUCCGUGGGAACUCCCUGUUUAUUUGCUUAAAACGCCCUUAUCUGUUCUUAUUUGGCUGUAGUCUACAAAUUCUAAUUUAAAUGCAACAAGUAACCGCUGAAUUUUCAUUGCCCUUAGUUUUCCCAACCCCAUGGCACGAAGAAGCAGAUACGGUUGCUCUCCAAGAUGAGCUUUUAUGGCUUUGUAGUAUUCCUAAAAGGGUGCAGUUAUCCUCCUGGAUCAAAGUGUUGGACUCCUGUUCCCUGCCAACUUCCUGACUAACUAUGACAUAAUAAUUUAUAGGGUUUGUAAAUAGUCAAUUAACUGAUUAUUAACCCUUUAUUUUCAAUGUAUAUAAAUGUUUCAUAAAUGGUACCUUAAAGCUAGAAUCUGCAGUUGAAACAAUAACAAAGUGGGUAUCCCGCCUUUGUUUUGGUAAAAAGCUGAGGGAUGGACCUGGAGAAAUGUAAUCACUCUCAAAUUCAUAGACAGAGCUUUGGAUGCAAGGACUGACCAUAUCAAAAUUAUAGCUUUAACUAUACAGUGUUUGUUUAUAUUUACGUAGUUUACAAACAUUAGAGUAACAAAAAACAUAUUUUGUGUUCUGAUGGGGUACGACAGUGGAACUAAGCUCACGAGGCAUUUCUAAGUUAUAAAUUAAUUAUAUAUACCUGUUGAUUCUUGACGAGUAUAAGUCCAAAAAUGUAUGUAGCAACUAAGGAUUCUAGCUAAUGGCUAAUGGCAAAGUGUUACCUGAAAUAGUUCAACCAGGGUUAGAUUGAUAACUUUGAACAUUAUUCUACCGUCUCUCUGACAUCUUUGACUUUACCUUUACAAAGAGAACUCAUAAGACUCAUUUGGAGUUCUCAGUUGGUCCUGUUUAAUAAGUUACUCUGUGUUCUGCAAAGCUUCAAAGAUCACAGUGAAGGAACACCAUGUUCACGCUGAACACUGAGAAAUCACUAACUGAGUACAAAGCCUUUCAAUGAUACAGUGUUCGAGCUUCAGAAAGGUGGAUCCAAGGACAUCUACUGUACUGUAUGCCUGAGCUUCACUGAACACAGAGCUGGAAUGUUGCAACAGUCUUGGGUUUCACCCUGGCUGCCAGGUUUCCUUAGCCUGGUUGCCAUCUCUGUUCAACUAUUGCAUUCCACUCCUUGCCACUCCUGUCAUUUGCCAAAGAGAUUGGCAUAUGUCUUUGGCAAAUGACAGGAGUGGCAAGGAGUGGAAUGUUAGCUAAAAAGACUGGUAACCAAACUAAGGUUCACUGCUGACCCGUAAUAUUGAGGUUGGAUAGGAUGCUCAGAGGACGCUCUGAUUUCUCACAUAGCUAUGGCCCUCGUGUCUAUCCAUGUUUCAUGUUUAUCAGUUGUAACCUAUCUGGACAGUUCAAAUAAUUAUUUUUUACAUGGUUGAAGGGCUGGCCUCCUCUGCACAUGGCUUGUACCCAGUUGAUUUGGCAUGUUUGAGCAUUAAAAUGUGACUUUUGGCAAUUUUGUUUCACACCGUUUUUAGUUUCUUGGGAAUUUAAUUAGACACUAUCAACUUGAUGCCACGGAAAUGUUAAAUGUAAGCAAAUGUACUGUAUCAGGAUCUUUUAAAAUGUAUUACAUUUAGUGAAAUGUACACAAUCAGAAACCGUAAAAUACAUAAAGGCUAAAACACAAGUAGCACAUUGACAUUCCAAUUAUAAACAUUCUUACGAGAAAUAAUGGUCCCUUGAUGGAUGCACAGCGUGCAUGAAUGUAAUGCUUACCUUGUUGAUGGAGAAUUGGUCUGUGUCCUGGAGAGGGAGUGGAUUUCAGAUGUGAAAAUGUCCAACCAUAUCUUACUGCUCUCCUAGUUAGAGGUUCUGUAUUAAUUUCUUAUACUUUAUUUUUCCCUCUUUCUCUUCCUAUUCUCUUUUCACAUUCACUCAGUUUCUCAGUCCUCCUUAUGUUGACACUCAGGUGUAACGUCACAGGUGCAGUCUCUCUCUCCC